UCUGAGAGGCCUGCGGCGAGCCGACUGAUUGAAGUUCUCCCCUCUCUCUCUCUCUCACUGUGCACUUGAGUGUGCUGCCGGAGAGCGAGAGCUGAAGACGUUCGGGGCGAGAUGCUGCAGAUCCUCCAGCUGUUUGGGCUCCACGCAUCCCCCCGGGCCUGCUGAACAACAGGACCGCUCCGCACACACGGCGGGACCCCUCCAACACGUCCCUGCGUCCAGCCCGCCACGGCACCCACACACUCCUUGUCGAUUUUCUAGCUUGAGGACUUUAAAAACCAAAAGCUGCUGUUCGUCGGGCACAAAGUGAAACUAAACCAAACCAGGGGCCGAGAUGGGACGUCUGGUGGCGCUCUUACCCGCGGUGCUCCUCACGGCGUGGCUGGCCGCGGUGGACGGCAAAGGGACGUAUUACGGAGGCCAUGUCAACCCCUUCUAUGGAAACCGAUUCAACCUGUUCAAGGCUGGCGUCAACCCCCAGCUCAUACCCAACAAGCCCAUGACGCGUCACAAAAACCACUGUGCCUACGUGGUCCAGAGGAACAUCACGUGCACCAUGCAGGACGGAGUCGCCACCUACGUGAAGGCAGAAUACACCACCAAGUGCAUCUGGGGUCAGAAGUGUCCGGUGGUCAUGUACCGGACCUUUUACAAGCCCACAUACAAGGUCGGCCACAAGACCAUUACUGAGCUAGAGUGGAGGUGUUGUCCGGGAUUCUCUGGUGAAAACUGUCACGAUGGCUCCACACCCCUGCCUGACGGCACAUUGCCCCCAUCCAAGGGAGCUGUUCCCCCUCACCGACCAGGUCUGAGGGGCUACCCCCAUGGUCCAAGACCAACCGAGGACCACAAACCUGGAGAGGGCCAGAUAGAGCCAGGCAGGCCCAUCCCCAGCAUACAUGGCAAUGGGAAACCAAACCAAGGCAGCAGGUUUGGGGGGUCCGGGGUGAGCGGCGAGAGGCUGGACCGCAUGGAGGACAACCUGCGGCGCCUGACCCAGGGUCUGGACACCCUGAACGGGAUGGUGGUGAGCCUGGAGGACCGCAUGCGGACCUCCCUCAGGGAGGACACCACCAAGAUCCUCAGCACCCUCCUCGCCAACUCCCCCCGGCUGGUGGACUCCUCCGUGGGCUUAGGGGUGUUCCCCGAGGGGACGGGGGGCCGGCUGGACGGGGUGGAGGGCUUCGCCGGCCUGGGAGACCUGGAGGGCCGGGUCACAGAGGUGAAGAAUGAGCUGCGGGCCAAGGCGCACGUCCUGGAGGAGAUCCAGGGAAUGGUUCUCGGACACGACGGCCAGCUCAAGAGUCUGAUGGAAGCGGCGAGCGGGAGGCCCGUCCCGGGGUCCAGGGCCUCCGUCCUCCUGGAGGAAAUCCUGGACGCCAAGUUGGCGGGUGUGCGCGCCGACAUCCUGGACGGCUUCGAGAGGCGACUCACGGGACUGGAGAGCCACUGCGACGAGAGGAUCGUGGCGGUGCAGAGGCAGUGCCAGAGGGAGCACGUGGAUGGCCAGGAGCAGAUGCAGCAGUCCCUGGACGGCAGGGAGACGGGCAUCAGGGAGGAGCUGGGCACCCUGCAGGCUCAGAUCCAGGGUCUCACUCUCACCGAGAGCUGCUGCGGACAGGUGAACAGCCUGUCCCGUCGCGUGCUCCUCCUGGAGGAGUCGGUCAAGGGUCUGACCGAGUCCCAGAGGCAGCUGCAGACGGCCCUCAGCGACCACAGCGUCCACGUGGAGACCCUCAUCGAGGCGCGCCUGGUGGACAUGGAGGGCCGCCUGAACGCCACCGACGGCGGGCUGGACGGCCUGGCCGCGGUCCCCGGGGGUCUGGACGGCUUCAAGACCAUGCUGGAGGAGAAGCUGAAGACCCUGGAGGAGAGGGUGUUUGUGGCCGUGGAGGAGCUCAGCAACGCCACCGCGCCCGCCCUGCUGGAGGGCCACGUGGUGCCGGCGCUGGAGACGGAGAUCGAGUCGGUGCGACGCAGGGUGGAGGGGGACCUGGACGGCCUCCAGAAGCAGCUGAUAGACCUGGAGCUCCUCUGCACCUCCUCCUGCUCGCCCUCCAGCCCGGUGGCGGCGGGCGUGAGCGGGGCCCAGGCGGAGGAGGAGUGCGGGGAGGUGGAGAAGAAGGUGAGCGGCCGCCUGGACACGCACUCUGACCAGCUGGACCGCCUGAACGGCACCCUGCGGAACCUGCUGCUCCGCAUCGCCCAGGAGGAGACGGAGGGCUCGGUCCAGGGGGAGAUCACCCUGCUCAAGGUCAACAUCAACUCUGUGAACCGCACGCUCAAGGGCCUGAGAGACUCGGUGAGCUACAUCGCUAAGGAAGUGGGUCACGCCAACACGACCUGGGAGCAGAGGGAGAACCAGCUGUCCAACCAAAUGCUCGGCAUCGCCCGGCUGGUCGGCCACCAGGCCACCGCCUUCGGGGCGGGGGAGAGGCGACUCGCCCAGCUGAAGGGGGAGCUCGUGGCCCUGAGGAGGAGGCUGUCCGGGGAGCUUCAGGGGUGCAGGAGCUCAACGCUGGGUGUUCAGAAAGAGGUGAAGGACGUAGACAGCCGGGUGAGCCAGGUGGAGGGCCAGUGUUCCAGCCUGGGAGAGCUGGCGGAGCACCUGGAGAAGAUCCGGGCGGAGCUGGAGAGACACUCGGACUCCUACCUGGCCCAGGUGAGCGGCACUCUGUCCGACCACUCGGAACAGCUCGCCGAGCUAAAGGGCGAGAUCAAAGACUGUGCGGCUAACGUGGCGUCCAAUCAGAACGGAGACAAGUAGCAUCUUUGUUGCGGGACAAAAAAAACAUGUUUCUUCUCUUUCGGCUCGAGAGAAUUCAACAGCCUUUCUUCAACUCUCUUCCACCCUGUCUGCAUAGAUACAAAUCAGCCGGGCCAGUGAAAGCCAAUGCCUAUAAGCCCCCUGGCCUAGACUGCCCAGCUGUCUUGGGUUUCAGUUCAGUGAAUUGAUAGGAGGGGGAAGACAAUGGAAGGCAGACACAAACAGAUUUGGGAGAGACACCCUAUGGUUGUAUAGCUGGGUGUAUAGCUUUUACUGGAGUUUUUAUUCAAUAGGGCAUUUGUCAUGUUUUCCUUUGAUCGUCUAUGUUUUGUUUUCAUUCGUUAUUUGUUUUCAACUUUUAUUUUAACUUAUGUGAAGCAAAUGCUAUGUUAAAAUGUUAAACUGUUUCUAUUAAAGACGUUUGAAAUAACACAACAGCACGAAUGCUAUGGAACUAAUAAGCUGCUAUGGGUUUGUACUGGCAAGCACACUCAAUCCUUUAAACAUACUGUAUGUCAACUUGGUGCUAUGCAUUUUUAUAAAUCUUUGUUUACCACUUGUAUAAAAUUGAAAAAUUAUUUCUCUGUUGACAUAUUGUGUCAUUCAUGCAAAGGCAUAUUUUUUAUUUGUUAGUUUCCAAACUCACCAACAGGGGACAGUGGAAACACAUUUGCAUGGUAGGAGGCAAUUGUAUUGUAAUCCAACAAGCUGGAGUGCUGUGCAUUAUUUUUGACUUGAAUGUAUGAUGUUGCACCCGUGCAGACAUGACAAUAGACAUGGAAGUAGACACUUUAACGUCACUAAAUGGUCAAAACAAAGACUUUGAGUUCUGAUAUCCAUUGUCGGCAUGAUGAAUAAAUCCAACAUUUCAUAAGGACUGUGGUUGAAUAAUGAUGCACGUACUACUUAAAAGAUGCUAACUAAUGCUUGUUUGUAUUCACUGCACAUAAGUAUCUUGGUUUAGACUCAUCCAUGGUCGAUCUGAAAAGGCGUAAACGUGAUUUACGACUGAUCGCCAAUGCUGUCAUAAUCGGGAAGCAGACGCUGCAGAAUUCCCAGAGCAUCAGCAUAUAGUUUGCAGUGGGAGCAUCCCUCUUUGAUUAGAAGUGUCUGACAGUUAAUCAUAGAGCCCGGGAUUGUCGAA